AUGGGCAAGUUUAUGAGACCCGGGAAGGUGGUGUUGGUGCUGGCCAGACGCUACUCCAGGAGCAAAGCCGUCACCAUGAAGAACGUUGAUGGUGGCACCUCAGGCUGCCCCUACAGCCAUGCUUUGGAGGCUGGAAUCGACUGUUACCCCCGCAAAGUGAAAGCCGCCAUGGGCAAGAAGAAAAUCGCUAAGAGAUCAAAGAUCAAGUCUUUUGUGAAAGUUUAUAACUACAAUCACCUCAUGCCUACAAGGUACUCUGUGGAUAUCCCCUUGGACAAAACCAUUGUCAACAAGGAUGUGUUCAGAGACCCUGCUCUUAAAUGCAAGGUCCGGUGUGAGGCCAAGGUCAAAUUUGAGGAGAGAUACAAGACAGGCAAAAACAAGUAG